AUGACAAUCAACACCAUUGUGAACGGCUACUCCACCGAAAACCAGAAGACCAAUAAGAGCAAAGUCAUUUUCGUUGUGGGAGCGACGGCCACCGGAAAAUCCAAACUUUCCGUCGACCUCGCCGUUCAUUUCAACGGCGAAAUCAUCAAUUCCGACAAGAUUCAAGUUUACAAAGGACUCGAUAUCGUAACCAACAAAGUCACAAACGAAGAAACCAGAGGCAUCCCCCAUCACUUGCUCGGCAUCGUCGACGACCCUGACCAAGAUUUCUCCGCCGACGACUUCCGUCGUCACGGCAAGGAAGCCAUCGAAUCGGUUUUAAGCAACGGCAAAGUCCCUAUCGUCGCCGGCGGGUCCAACUCUUACGUCGAACACCUCGUGGAUGACCCGAACUUCAGUCGACGUUUUGAAUGCUGUUUCAUUUGGGUCGACGUUUCUUUACCCGUUUUGCACAAACGGGCUAAGGAACGGGUCGACCAGAUGGUGGCGGCCGGACUCCUCGACGAGGUACGAGAAAUGUUCGUCGCCGGCGCCGAUUACGGUCGAGGAAUAAGACGAGCUAUUGGGUUACCGGAACUGGAAGCCUAUUUCACGGUGGAGAAGGACUCCAACGUGGAUGAAGCGACGAAAGCGAAAAUCUUAGCUAAUUGUAUCGAAGAAACAAAAAAGAACACCUUAAAGUUGAUAGAUUCACAGCUGGGGAAGAUACGGCGGCUGAGGGAAGAGGUUGGGUGGAAACUGCAAAGGGUCGACGCAACCGCCGUGCAUGAAAAAUGUGGACGAGAUGCUCAACUUGCAUGGGAGCAAAGGGUGUUAAAGAAAAGUUUUGAAAUAGUGGGGGCAUUUUUGAACUAAAUGUU